AUGGUAAAUGUCAACACUAUUCAAUCAGGUACUGUAUUUGCAUGGUUUAUGCUAAUUAUGGUUAUUCGGCGCUUUGUAAUGCUUCUUGUCGCCGGUGUAUCAGGGCGCAAUAGACCGUUUCCAACAGGUUCUCGAGUUCCCGAAGACAGCAUAUUGAAACGAAAAGCUCAAGUCGAUGCUUCUACGACAGAAACUGUUCAUGUCGAAUUUACCAAGGAUGCACGCGUCAAUAAAACAAUUGGUAAUGAUUCAGAAAAUGACACGUAUUUUUUAAUUCUUCUAUUAGCAACCGCUGUCUUCUCUGAUGGAAUUUCGCGUAACUCUACAAGAACAAUUGUGUAUGGUUUAAUUUAUUUAGUUGCUCGCAGUUUUUACGCUCUAGCAUAUAUUAUGGCACUACAGCCAUGGCGAACUUUAACAUAUGUUCUCGGCUUUGCCUGUACUUUAGCCUGUAGUCUAGAUUUAGUAAUAACAAUGUCACGACGACCAAAUUGA